CCUAAUUCUUUAUUUUUGAAGACGAUCUGUUUCUGUGUGCUUGUGCCUCGUGUCUCUGUUACGGCUUGAAUAUAUAUGUUACGUUUGAUGUUUGAAUUUCAAAUUUAUUUCGGAUAUAUUUAACCAAAAGGUUACUGCUUGUUUUUCAAACUUGAUCAUGGCUCCAAACUCUUCAAAACCUCUCUCUCCGGACUGGAAAAUAGUCCAGUCGAGAAGAUAUCCCGAUAAAGUUUACUAUUUCAAUGUGGUGACUGGUGAAUCAAGCUGGGAAGUGCCAAAUUGUAGCACAGAAACCACUAAUAAUAAGGAAUGUGUGAAAGAUUUGAAUACUCGCUCUGACGGACAGUUACAAAGCAAAUAUAGGAGUCUGGAGAGAAACGAAAUGCCUCAUUCCAAAGUUUCUUAUAAUAAGCCUGCACAAUUAUGUCAAAAGCAUCAACAAGAAAAGCAACUGCAGAACACAGCAGAAAAGAAAAUUACCCAGAAAAAAAGCAGUAAUGUUAUCGUAAAGCCACCGACUGCAGUUGUUGCUCCUGUAGUUGUAAAAAAGGCUGAUGAGUAUAAUUCUGAACCAGUAGAUGCUGCCGUUUUAAAGCGUAAACUGCAAGUUCUCUACCAGGAGCAGGAAAGUAAAGAAGCAAAGAAAAAACCUCGACGGAAGAAAAAGAAGAAAAAGGCUCAAAAUGUUGAUGGGAAAAGUGAUGUACUGACAAAUUCUGUGCAGGUUGUAAAACACAACCUUUGUGAAAAGCAUUUAAAGGAGUCUUUGAAUAUUGCAGAAGCUCAAAAAAAAGACUUGUAUCAUAAAUCCGCUCAUUCCUCCGGACUUUCAGUUUCCAGCCACAAUGUGCAGACGUGUUUGAGGCAUCAGAAUGAGAGCAGUCAAGGGGAAGUUGAUGAACGAGUUUUUGAAGAUGUUGAAAUGCUGGAUGUUUCAGAGUCAUUGACCAAGAUUGAUGACUUGCCUUCAUCUGCAAAUGGAGCAUCUGAAAGAUUAGCUAGCUACUAUAUAGUCGUUGAUACUAACGUUCUUAUUACUGAACUGAAAUUUAUUGACGAAAUAAAAGAUACCCCUAUAGAAGGAUGUGGUCCACCUCAUAUUUUUAUACCAUGGAUUGUUAUUCAAGAGUUGGAUGGAUUAAAAAAAUCAACUAAGAACACCACUACAUGGAGAGCAGCUGGCGAAGCGGUGCGUUACCUAAAUUCCGUUUUGAAGGCGAAACAUCCAAGAUUUCAUGGGCAGUCCCCUCAAGAGGUGGCUGACUGGGCUAAGACAUACAGCAAAUGUAAUGAUGACAGAAUUUUAGAAUGUUGCAUUAGUCUUGCAGCAAAAAUGCCGAGAGAGAAAGUCAUUUUGCUCACAAAUGACAAGAAUCUUAGUAACAAGGCGUUGGUCUGUGAUAUUCAAGUCCAUACUUGGGAUUCUAUGAUUAAAGUUUUGAAAACUGAUGUUGUUUUUAGAGGAGAUAGGUCGGACAAGAAGUCUUCUUCAAGCAAAAGAAAAAACGAUGGUAAAGUUACUGCAGAAACUUCCAAGUCACAAAACAGCUGCACACAUACAGAAGAAAUAUCAGCUAAAAUAAAAAGUGAUGUUUAUAAACAGGAAAUUCAUACACUAAUGUCUACUGCAAGACAACACUUGAAAGAUGUUUUACUGCCAGUUUUAGAAGCCGGAAUGCAAGAUGCAUACGGUGAUGUGUGGUGUGAAUUUAAACUUGACACAAAACUGUUAAAGGGAAUAUUAGAAGCCAUAAAAAAAUACUGGAAAGCAGUGUUUUCAUUUCACUUUUCUGAAAAAGAGAAGAGAAAAUUUGAUCUGUUACAUGAGAAAGCAAAUCAACCUGAAGGAUUUUAUGGAAAUAAAGAGGAAUGCCUGAUUAUUUUGUCCGAUAUUGAAGAUAUAUUUCUGCAGAUAAAACGGCAUUGGCCUCAUAUAAACCCCUGUGUUGAGAAAAUACAGAAUAUUAGAGCUUCCUGCCUUGCAGCAUUUAGUAAUUAUAAGGGAGUUGAAAACUCUAUUCUGGUUACAGAAGCACAGAGUGUUUUUUCUUUGUUUCAACAUAAUUGGUCUGUACUUAAUCAGUUAUGUGGAACUAUUAUGGAUUACUGUGACAUUCCGCAUAAUUUUCAAUAUGAAAAACCUGCUCAAUUCCCACCACAAAAGGCGUUUCGGGAGUUAAUGUGCAAUCUUUAUCCUGGUGUUCAUGAGCUUAAGCAGUUGAUGUCAAAAGUGGUUGAUGCUGUUACAAAUAAUGUCCCUUGUACAGAUGUGAUCAAAAAGUUUUAUAAAGCCCUUAAAGAGUUUGUUCCAUCUUUGGGAGUAAAGGCGGACUCCCCAGAAUUUCCUCACAUUUCUUCAAAAGCAUUAGAAAAAUUUUGUACAGUUCCUCAAAAUAGGGAAAUGAUUGAGAAUGGACUGAAGCAGUUAUUGGUGUUUCAUGAAAAACUCGAUAAAGCAGUAACAGUUAUCAUGUCUACAAAAAACAGAAAAACUGGUAUGAGUGAGGAAGAUAAAAUGAUGGUUGAAUAAAAUGUUAUGUGAUUGUUUUUUAAUUGUUAAACAUCCCACUGUGCCAUUACAGAUGUAAAUAGCUCAUCAUUAAUAUGUUUAUACAUCAUGUUUUAUACAAAUAAAUUAUU